AUGGCACACCUUCUGGUCGUGUUGCUUCGUGCUCCAUUCCAAACCUGUGCCUUCCUGUACGUCUUCAUUGCUCAAGUGGUGCUGGUUCUUCUGAAGCGUCUUCUUCUGCCUCACUUUCCCAUCUACCAGAGUCUGCGUCUCCAGGUCCAGCGAGCGUACUUGUCUUCUGCCAGCCUCACCUAUCCCGAGCUUGUUCACCGACUCCCGGUCACCACGUCCGAGCAGAGGGCCCAAAGGGUGGGCAACGGCAACGGCAACGGCAACGGGUGGACGGGCUACUUGAUCCCCGGACACCACGAUCAGGAUCUCCGCCCAUUCACCCAGACCCCGCCAGAUGGCAGCAGAUGUGUAGUGCUCUACGCCCAUGGCGGUGGAUAUGCUCGAGGAGAGGCCAGAAUGUAUAUUCCCUACAUGGAACGCUGGGUUGCAUGUGCCGCGGAACAAGGAAUUCUCCUGCUCUUCCUCAGUGUGGAAUACCCGUUGACGUCCGAAGCACCGCAUCCUGCUCAGCGAGAUAGCUUCAUCAAAGCUUACCGUCAUCUUCUCGAGGUCGGAGUGUCCCCAGAAAGCAUCGUCUUCAUGGGCGACUCCGCGGGAGGCGGACUCUGCAUCCUGUCGGCACUGGAAGCCGAGAAACAAGGACUGCCACAACCUGCUGCGAGCAUUCUGAUCUCCCCAUGGAUGGAUAUGUCAUUGAGGUCAUUUCAAGGGGGAAACGCGCUCGUCGAGACCGACUACGUCGCCACCGCCAACACUUCGGUUCCCAUGUUUGUUCGAAUGUUUCUGGGCCAAGGCCAGUCCCAACACAAAGGCGACUCACCAGACGUCAAUCCUCUGUAUCGCACACCAGAGAGUCUGCGCUAUCUCAAUCCGCAACUGGUUCUAGUCGGCGCCGCUGAAUUCACUCUUCAAGAAUCCAAGGACUGGGCCGCCCUGUGUCUGAAGGCAGGCGUCGAGCAUGAACUCGUCGUCGAAUGGGGCCAACUACAUGUUUAUGCCCUCGGCUCGUCCUUCUUAGACCCUGAAGUGCGGAGGAAAACGGAUCAAAAGGUGGUGGGCUGGAUAUCAAGGCACAUCAAGUCCUACACAUAG